GAGGUAGAUCAAAUCAGGAAUACACCACAUUUAAGCAUUUUCAAAAUAAAGCCUAAUGGAUAGGUCUUCCCUUCUCUACUUCCUUGUUACAUCACUCUUUCUUCUUCAAUGCCUGAUUGGUUAUAGCUCAGCCAACUUAGAUAUCAAUACUGAUCGUUCUUCACUUAUUUCUUUCAAAUCUCGAAUCUCUUUAGAUCCCCAUAACAUAUUGACCCGAAAUUGGAGCAGUGAGAGCAAUAUUUGUAGUUGGAUCGGAGUUACUUGUGAUUCUCGUUAUAACAGGGUGACUCUGUUGAAUAUAUCAUCCAUGGGUCUUGUAGGAACCAUUGCACCAGAAAUCGGAAAUCUUUCUUUUCUCGUUUCUUUAAAUUUGAGCGAGAACUCCUUUCAUGGUCCUAUUCCCUCAUCUAUUUUUAACAUGUCAUUUUUAGAAGUUUUGAAUUUAAGGAAUAACAGUCUGUCUUGUAGCCUACCGUUUGAUAUGUGCAAACACAAUCUUCAUAGAUUGAACAAACUACAUAUAUCUUACAACGCGUUGUAUGGGGAAAUACCAUCGAGUUUGGAACAUUGUUCCAAGCUCGAUUAUCUUUCUUUGCGCAGCAACAACUUCAGUGGACAUUUGCCAGCACAAAUUGGGAACUUGACAUUGCUUAGAGUACUAUACUUGGGUGUCAACAAUUUAAGAGGUAAUAUUCCAAAAGAGAUCGGUUAUCUUACUAACUUACUACGCUUGAGCGUGAGGGUCAACGAGUUCUCAGGAUCAUUACCGAAGGAAAUUUGGAACAUGACAUCUCUUACCAACUUAUUGCUUAGCAAUAAUGAAUUAAGUGGUCCGAUACCAUCCCCCAACUUUGUGAAUCAAUCAGGGCUGCAUGCCUUAGAUCUCUAUUCCAACAACUUAAUUGGAGAGAUUCCACCAUCCAUUUGCUACUUGGGAUCCCUAUUGAUCCUCGAUUUAUCAAGGAAUAAUUUGGAAGGAUCACUUCCAGAUUGUCUGGGAAACUUGAGCAUGUCCCUGAGGAUGCUCCAUGUGGAUGAAAAUAAACUUACCGGCGCCAUCCCAUCAACAUUUACAAAGGGUUGCAAACUUGAGUUAAUCCAUCUGAAUGGAAACAAAUUGGAAGGAACACUUCCCCAAACCCUAAACAACUGCCAGCGUCUGGGAGCCAUCGACAUUGGUGAUAAUGAAAUACGAGGCGCGUUUCCCUUUUGGAUGGAAACACUCCCUCAACUUCGCAUCCUCGUCUUGAGAUCAAAUAAGUUCGAUGGUACAAUGACAGUGGCUUCAAAUAGUGAGCAGCCAUUUCCGAAGUUGCAAGUCUUGGAUGCAUCACAUAAUGCAUUUGUCGGUUCUCUACCUGAUAUAUAUUUCAAGAACUUUCGAAGCAUGAUAAAUGUCAAGGUAAAAAUGAACGAUGAUGGGGAUAUUUUGUUUCAUGAUAUGAUAGAUUUGACGCUCACAUUGAAAGGAUUGGAUCAGUUUUUGGAUCGACUGUUGUCAACCUUUACAACUAUAGACUUAUCCUCCAACAAAUUCUCUGAGAGCAUUCCGCUUUCUUUAGGGAAUCUUAACUCUCUUAUAUUCUUGAAUUUGUCUCACAAUGCCCUCAAAGGACAUAUACCAUCAUCUCUUGGAGGUAUGAAGUUUCUUGAGUCAUUGGACUUGUCUUCAAACAAACUGGAUGGAGAAAUUCCAAGUGGAUUGGCAAGGUUGACAUUUCUUUCGAAGUUAAACCUUUCAAUGAAUAAUCUUGAGGGACAAAUACCACAGUCUACUCAACUUUCCACAUUUGGAGAUGGAUCGUAUGUGGGAAAUGAAGGCUUGUGUGGAUUUCCAUUGACGAAAAAAUGUGAGAAGAGCGAUGGAAAACCAUCACCGCAGCAAGUGGAAUCAGAUAGGGAGAUUGAGUGGGAUUAUGUGUUUGCUGCUGCUGGAUAUGUUGUGGGCAUAGGGAUCUUUUCUUGGCUGCUUUUAUUUUGUCGAAGUUUCAGGUAUAAAUACUUCGAGAGAGUUGAGGAUGUUUUUGAGAAGAUCUUUGAGCGUUGCCAGCGCUGGAAGAAAAGAGAGAGACGAAGAAGAGCUGUGAGGAAUCAGGCUAGACAAAAAUAAAAAAGAAUGUGCUAGCAAUAGUUUUAUUAUUAAUGAUUGUAAGGUUCCUUCUUAGUGUUUUGCAAUAUUUGGUAUGUCCUUUUAGACUUUUGUGUCUACUUCUUAAGCAAAAUGUUGCAAUUAUUCAGUAAGAAAUUUGUAAUAAAGACGGCCAAACUCAAAAUUGUUCUA